AUGGUUAGCGUGUAUAUGGCAGCGUCUGGACUUGAGUCUCAAGGACAGGAUAUCGACCAUCUACUAGAUCUCAUUGACUUUGUUCAGGAGAUGUUUCAAGUCAUGGAAGCUCUCAACGCACAGUUUCGAAACGACGAUUUCAUCGAGUUUGGAAUGGGGGACUUUUCGUUUCAGCUGAAGGUGGGGUUCAACUACGGCCCUGUCACAUCUGGAGUGGUGGGAAGUCGGAAAAUGCUCUAUGACAUUUGGGGGGACACUGUCAACGUCGCCAGUCGCAUGAACACCACGGGACAUGUGGGUAAGAUACACAUGCCAGAGACUUGUCUGGAGAAACUUCGAGCCGAUUUUAACGUUCGUUUCGAGCGAUACAAAGAGGUAAUUGUAAAGGGGAAGGGUGCGAUGCGGACUGUUUUCGUUUCUCAUUUUCCUCCUCUGCCUCUGUCGGCCACACUGCCAACCCAAACUACAAUGUGA